AUGCAGGAGGUUAUUCUCGGCAAGCAGGUUGCUGAUGACGGCGUCAUUGUCAUCGAACCAGUCCUGAUGUUGGUGACGAGGUUGACUGGACCAUGUGCCUCAGUUGACACCAUCGGCUCUCUACGGGAGCGUUCUCGUCGGCGGCGACUGAAGGUUGGCGGGUCGCUGAGCCAACUCUUUGGUGAAAUGGAUAUGAUGAGCAGACACAUUCAACAAAGCAGUAUUCAGCUUACCUGUGGGUACCAUACCUUAAGGUCACCUGCGAGGCUGUAGGUGAGUCCUCAUCUUGGAUAUGAUGAAGCAAUGGUCAGCUCAUCCGUCCCCACCCGGGAUCGCCUUUGUCACCAGCACGUCCCGCUGGUCUCGCCUCCGGACGAGGGCAUAGUCCAGCCGGUGCCACUGACGCAAUCGGGGAUGCAUCCCGGUGGCCUUCUCUCGCAUCGGAAGCCAGAAGAAUGUGUUGGUCAGGAGGAGGCGGUGCUCUGCGCAGGUUCGCAGGAGAGCAGGAAAUUGUCAUUGAAGCCGCCGAGACCAUUAGGACCCAGCACUCCUCUCCAGACAGCAUGGCCUCUGUCGAUGUGGGCAUUGGCGUCACCAAGGCCAUUCAAGUUAUCCGCCUUCGACACAGUCGUCUGGAGGACGUUCAGGUCCUCGUAGAAUUUGUUCGUUUCCUCGUCAGGUCUGGUCAUUGGGGUGGAUAG